AUGGAUUCGCGAGCAGAGACCCUGAACGAGGAGAAGGAGGUCGGCCUCAGUGUCUCGCCAUCGCCGACUAGAUCUCUCAACAAGGAGGCGACCGAGGCAAACAGCUUCGACGACGGAGCAACCCAUCAGAGAGAAGGCUCGGUUCAAGAUGAUGCAGCUGUACAGGAAGGAGAUGGGGAUGAGGGGGAUUACCCAGCUGGAUUACGCAUGGCUUUCAUCGUCAUCGCACUACUCCUCUCUAUCUUCCUUGUAUCUCUGGAUAUGACGAUUGUUGCAACUGCUAUCCCCAAAAUCACAGACGAUUUUAAAGGCCUCGAUUUGGUCGGCUGGUAUGGAGCUGCCUUCUUCCUGACCGUUGGAGCCUUCCAAUCGACCUGGGGAAAGGGCUACAAGUACUUCCCAUUGAAGACCACCUUCCUGGUAGCAAUCUUCAUCUUCGAGCUCGGCUCGUUGAUAUGUGGUGUCGCACCGAAUUCAACUGCACUUAUCGUGGGACGAGCUAUUGCAGGUCUUGGGGGAGCAGGUAUUGCCUCCGGAGCCUAUACAAUCAUCGCCUUCUCGGCGAGACCUAGCAAGCGUGCUGCCUUCACCGGACUGAUGGGAGCAGCAUAUGGAAUCGCGAGUGUCAUCGGGCCUCUGCUGGGAGGAGUCUUCGCCGAGAAAGUCUCGUGGAGGUGGUGCUUCUAUAUCAAUCUCCCCGUAGGAGGCAUUUCCGCUGCCAUCAUCGUCUUCUUCUUUACCACUCCAGCACAGGCCAUCCCAGUCAAGGCCACCCUCAAGGAAAAGUUCCUCCAAAUGGACAUGCCCGGCUCGUUUGUUGUGAUGGCCGGCAUCGUCUGCUAUAUCCUGGCACUUCAGUGGGGAGGACAGACCAAGUCUUGGGGCGACUCGGAUGUUAUCGGUACCCUCGUCGGCUUCGUCUUGAUCAUGAUCCUCUGGGCCGUCAUCGAAUGGUAUCAAGGCGAGCGGGCCAUGAUCGUCGGGCGCCUGCUCAAAGAUCGCCACAUCUGGUCCGGCAUGGCCUUCCUCUUCUUCCUCGCCGGUGGCUUCUUCCUCCUCCUCUACAACCUCCCCAUCUACUUCCAAGUCGUCAGCGGUGUGUCGGCAUCCGACUCUGGAGUUCGCAACCUUCCACUGAUCCUCGGAUGCACGAUCAUGACUAUCAUCUCGGGCGGCUUGAUUUCCGCGUUCGGCGUAGCAGUCCCGUUGAUGAUUGCCGGGGCCGUACUCGCCACGAUCGGCAACGGCCUCCUCUACACGCUCGACAUCCAUUCCUCCUCGUCAGCCUGGAUCGGCUACCAGGCGCUCUCUGGAAUCGGCAUCGGCCUCGCCCUCCAAGUCCCGAUCAUCGUAGGACAGGCGGUCGCCAAACCCGAGGAUCUCUCGUCCGUCACCGCCAUGAUCCUGUUCGCGCAAACCAUCGGAGGCGCCUUCUUCGUGUCAGCUGGCCAGGUCGCCCUCUCGAACGUGCUGCAGAGCUCCGUCGUGAAAUACGCGCCUUCGGUUACGCCAGCCGAUGUCCUGCUAGUGGGUGUCACUGAGAUCCGCAGCCAUUUCGAGGCCGAUGUUGUGGAGGGGAUUGUGAUGUCGUAUCUGGAGGGGUUGAAGGCUGCGUAUGCGAUUGCGAUUGCUUGUUCGGGCAUUGCGGUCAUCUUCAGUUUGUUCAGCAAGUGGACGAAUCUGAAGGGGAAGGUGCAGGCAGGUGGUGCCGCGUGA